UACACUAUGGAGCUGGCCAAGGGUGACAUGCUGCAGGGUGAACACAUGCUGGGUUCCGUGACGGAUUCGUCCGUUUCGGAAAAGCUAGAGACGCAGCGCACAGAUUGGAAAGCCGUUGCAAUGGCAGGACUGGUAACAUUCUUAGCAGCUGUUGAGAAUACGGUACUGGGAAUGUCAGAGUGGCCAUAUAUGCACACAAUCGACCCAGAUGCUACCUCGCAAUUCUUCGGACUAGUAUCCUCAGUGUCUAAAUGUGGACACGCAAUUUUUGCUAUAGUGUUCGCAUACUGGAGCUACAAGGCGAAGAGUACGAAUUCCUUUUAA